AUACAUUCGUGGAUAUUGGACUUUAAUAUUAAUGAAAUAAGGUUGUAGUGUUGAUGUGAUGGAAAAAAUAACAACAACAUACAAACGAGAUUUUGACUUGCUGUAAGCUAGCAUUGUGCUCAAUCAUUACAAUUGAGAAUUCGAUUGAAAUAUUUACGAAAAGCGAUUAGAUACUGCUCAAAUAUAACCUUGAAGAAUAAUAUCAAAUUGAAGUAUAUUACUGGUUUCCCGCUGAAAUAUGUCAGAAAGGCAAAUAAACUUUUCUAAAUCCCAGUUAAAUAAAUCAACAAGAAUAAUGACAUUUGGUCUAGUUGCAAUAGGAGUUGGUAUAGCAUUAACUAUCGCCAUUGUUAUACACUUCAUAACAGCAGUGGGAAAGUUUCUAAAAGAUAACUGGUGGAUCAGUAUUAUGUUCAGUGUUAUAGGUUUCAUUUGUUCUAUUCUGAUGGUCACUAUUCCACAUCGAGUGAAGAAUCCUCCAGUCAACUUCAUCAUAUUGUUUGUAAUGAUAAUGUCAUUGUCUUAUUCAGUUGCUUUGGAUUUUGUGGAUAUCUCAUUUAAAUGGAUUAUGCUACGAUGGACUUUAUCAGUUACAAUGUGUCUGUGUUUUAUCCUCAUUGGAAUUAUAAUUAAACGAGACUUGACAGUUUUUAUCUUCCCACUACUAAUUUAUUUGUUAAGCGCAAUUCUUUUAGCCUCGGUAACAAUUUCAGUGCUGUAUCUUAUUACAAACAAAUAUGUUUUGUACAUAAGCUUUUGUAUAUUUGAAUUCGUGACCGUGAUUCCGUGUCUAAUGGUCGCAGGGCAAAUGUUAUCAAAGAGACGAGAUGUUCAUUUCUCAGAUGAUGACUACACAACGGCGGCUAUGAUUUAUUUCUUAUUAAUAUUGCAAGCAGUGACGUCAACAGUUGGACCGUUUCAAACAGAUACAAAAAAAUCAAAUGAAACAAGUGUAAUAAGUACACUAUCAUCGUUUGUGACUACAGACUAGGUAGAAGAUAGUCUGUCAGUCAGAAUUUAAAUUAUACAAAUAUUGAUUUCCUAUAUGUGUUAAUCAGAUAGAUAAACAACCAAUCAGAUUUCAGCACGAUGUUUGCUGCUCGCUAAUUGGCCCAAUACUGCAACCUAUAAUAGUUAAUGAUACUUUUUUAUAUGACGAUUGUAAUUAUAUGUUUGUUAUUACAGUACCUCUUUUUGUCUCGUUCGCUCACUCGCUCGUUUUGAAAAUACACGUUUCUAAUAUUAAUGUGUAACCCAUAUACAUUCCACGCGUAAGUCUUCUUAAAAUUACCAGUUGAGAUCAGUGAAAAUCUACUACAAGUGUUCAUCAUGCUUAACCUUUUUCAUGUGGAAAUUCAGCAACAUAACAAUUAUACACCACAUUAUUAUACACAAUCUACAACUCAGAAAUUUCUACUCAAUGACUAGCGUACAGGAGUAGUUAAAGAUGAGCUUUAUGUAGACUGCUUAUGGUAUUUCCUAUUUUAAAAUAAAG